AUGGUCCUCGGACUGCUCACCAUCGCUGCAAUCCCCACGACCAUCGGGGUCUGCGAAGGCGUCGCGCAGCAGCGCGAACAGAACAAGCAAGACGAGCAGGAAUCCCGCCUGGACAAGUUCCACCUCGACGUGUUCUGCGAUGCGCGCUCGAAUCGGGCCAAGGAAAUACACGGCCGGCAUCUGGUCCUGAAGAAUGGCAAAGUGUAUGUUGCGUCGCGGGGUGGCGGUCGUUCAAAGCGCCAAAACAACGAAAACAACGAAAACGAGGCCUCUUCAGCGAACAAGAACACUUCGCUCGCUAUCCGCUCACGCAACGGCACUCAAACCAACGCCAGCGAUUCCCAAGGACAAAGCCAAAGCCAAAGCCAAAACCAAAAACAAAGUCAGAGCCAAGGAAAAAGUCAAGACCAAGGACAAGGAAAAGGACAAGGACAAGGACCAACACUGCACGAUCUCUCGCAAGCGCAUCCCGUGACGGCAUUCUACAUUGUGUAUCCCGACGAAGAGCGCCCGCCGCCGCGGCCGCGGGGGCUGGUGAGUACGAUUUCGGACGAUCCGCCGAUGCUGAACUGGCUGUACGCGGACAAGGACACGAUGGAGAUCAAGUACGGCAACCGGACGCAGAGCCGGGAACACAUCGUUGGGCCGUGGGACUGGACGGAGGACGAGGUGGGGCUGACGCUGGAAGGGUGGGAAGGGUUCGUGGCGGUCGAGGAGGAGGUCAAGGUUAAUAAUGGUGGAAAGGGGAAUGGAGACGGGGAUAGGGAUAAGGAUAAGGAUGAGGAUGAGGAGGCUGAUGCGGGUGAUGAAAGAGAGUCGCUGUGGGCGAUAUAUUUUGAUCGCAAGGAUGAUCGGCUCCGGAGUCUGGGUGGUACGAGGAGAAAGGUCCUUGAGAUUAGUCUGGAACGAAGAAUGGUGGAGGAGGACAAACAGGGCAGAGAAGGCAAAUGA